UGCAUAUUUGUUGUCAAGUAAUUAUAUUUCUUUUAUUCCAGUUCCAGUAGAUUAAAAAUUUGGAAUAUGUAUUCCUGUCAUAAAAAUUCAUAUCUGCACGGAAAUACUGACAUUAAUGCGGGAAUCAUAAAUAGACUGGUAGAACGUGCUUGGGACGGCAUACACUUCGUGGAUGAGUAUGACCGGGCUCCACCAUUUAACAGACUUACCUCGGAACAACCCUGUAUACCCGUCAAAAAUGUGGAUUGUACCAGAAGGCCUCAAGGUUUCGGACGGUGGGCAAUGCCAAAGCUGAGAAGAGAAUUACACGAUAAAGAUGCUCAAGUAAUCUUAGCGGCAUUGACAAGCAUCUGCGACCUAAUACACGACCCAGAAAGAGGGUAUGAAGCUAUUCAUUUAGGAAUUGUAGAAAGGUUGGUUGAUCAUACAACUCACGAACUGCCAACGAUUAGAGAACGUAGUACGCAUUUACUAAAGGUUUUGGCCGAAUUGGCAGAAGGAAAAGAGGCCAUAGUAGAAAAUCCACAUCUUCUAGCAAACUUAAUAGACAAUAUAGAUGACGAAUUUGCAGAAGUCAGAGUACAAACGGCGGCAUGUAUAGAAAUGGUGGCCGCAUUUUGGAAAACUGCAGACGUUCUUGUCGAAAACGGUUUGAUCCAAGUACUUCUUGCCAACCUAAACGACAAACCGGAAGUCGUUCAAAUUCAUUUGGAGACGCUAAAACACUUAAUAUAUUGCAAUGGGAAAAAAAUCGUCAUCGAAAAUGAUGGAUUCAGUAUUUUAGUAAAGCUUUUACAAAGAGACGAGAGUGAAAUACUAGCAAAAACCUGCACAUUGCUAUCGAUUUUAUGCAGCAUUAAAGAAGGAAGAAAACUAGCCAGCAAAGAAUUCAAUUUGUUACUAGAAUUAAACAGACUACUACAUGACGAGAGGGAAUUGAUACACACUGCCGCUGCAGAAACAAUCAUGUUCUGCACCAUAAAGAGCGCAGAAAAAAUUACGGCCAGCAAAAUAAAUUCAAUGCCCAAACGUCUUGUCCAACUCACCAACAACAGGCUGAAUGGACGAACUCAGAUGUUCGCAAUGAAGGCUUUAACGAAUAUUUGUGAACAUCCCCUAGUGAGGAAGGAGGUCAGUACGAAGUACUACUUCGACAUUGAAAAUUCGCAACUUUCAGAAGAUAUUGCUGAAUUACAGAAAUAUAAAAAUACAUUGAUGGGUAUGUUGAAAUGGGUUCCAGAAACCAAAGACGAUUUGACUGCUGGAAAAAACUACUAGAAGUAACUUAACCAUCGUUUUUUAUCUGGAAAACUUUAAAUCUAGUAUAAUUAGCCAUGGAGUUUUCAAAUGCAAAAUUUCUAUUAAAAUCAAAAAUUUGUACAACCUUAUUUCUUAAAUAUAAAAUAAAU